AUGAAUCAGAAUUUGCUGCCCACAUAUUUUCAGACUGGAAAUCUAAACGGUUCCAUUCCACAACAGCUUGAUCAUAUACUCCUUGGUGAUCGUGUUGGUUUAAUAAAGGAUGAUGUGAAAUCUGCAAUGCAGGGACAAGGGCCUACGGGUAUGACUAUUCAUCCAAAUAAUUUUUUCCAAACGACAUCUGGCAGCCAGUUUGCAGCAACAAACAGUUCUCCUGCUUUCCAUAGCCCAACAACUGGAGCCGCAUUUAUAUCCAACUCCGUCCAGAAUGUCCAAAUUCAGUCAAACCCUCCAAAUACAAUGAAUGGGCAGCAAACACAGCAAGUGCGGCUUGUACAGACUGUCAAUUCUUCAUCAACGUCUAACGUAACAUCACCUCAACAACAAGCUGCUACUGUCGUUACUGUCGUAACAGCGCAAAAUCCCAAUGGCACUACAAUGCAGAUUCUGCAACCUCAAGGUGCCGAAGCAGAUGAACGACGCAUAGCUGCUAUUCUCGAUUCCUAUUUCAUUGAACAGCAGGCCCCAACGACGUCAGUUGUUGCACCCAUCACGCCAUCUGUGGCUGUUGCUGCAUCAGCCCCAUAUCCUUCACCUGCAAGCAUUGUUGCAAAGUAUACUCGUGGAAAAGCAUCACAGGAAAAGAAAGAAAAAGAUGAAGCUAAACGGGCUAAACAAGCAGAAGCAGCGCGCUUACGAUAUCAUCGUUUGAGUGCAGAAGAGAAAAGGGCUUUAAACAUCAAGCGAACUAUGGCACAAAAGCGUAAGCGACAGCGUGAAAAGGAAUUAGAAGAACUGGAAAACUUGUUGCGUGAAACUAAUGAUAUACAAGAAGAUCCUGAUAUCAACGAGCAGUUACGAGAGAAACGAAUGCGGGCACGUUGGGCUGAAGCGGCAAGGUCACGAUAUCAACGUAUGUCAUCAGAAGAACGUCGUGCGCAUAAUAAUCGCAGACGAAUGAGGCAAAUUGCCGCGACGGAAGGAUUAAAAGGGCCAGAUGGACAACCCGAUGAAGAAGCAAUCAAGAGGCAUAUCAAAGAACAAAAUGCGAAAAAAGCUGAGGCUGCCAGACUUCGUUAUCAUCGAAUGACUGAAGAAGAAAAGAGGGCGACUGAAGCAUUCCGGCGACGACGUAUGGAAGAAGAAAUGCUACUUGCAAUGCCAAUUGGAAGAAUUAAUGGUGAGGCUUUAGAUCGGGCUCAGCAGAUUGUAGUUCGAAAUGCUAAACGAGCGGAAGCUGCUAGAUUGAGGUAUCAAAGGAUGACACCGGAGCAAAGGAAGGCUUAUAAUCAAAAACGAUACACACCGAGACGAAAGCGACUUGAAAAUGCUGAUGGAGAUGGGAGUAAUAUCAGCCGUGGUCGAAAACGGGACCAAGAAGGGCAGUAUGAUGCUCUUUCAACUUUAGAACGAGAUGUAAUCAAGAGGACACAACAGGCCCAUCAAGUUUUAAUGCGACAGCGUGGUUCAUCUGUAGCAAAUACUCCUACUGGUACUUAUUUGACAGCACAUGUCGUGCCGCAACCACAUUCAAAUGUAACUACUGGUUUACAAAACACAAUGAUUUCGAAUAGUAAUGGUACAUUGCCUGGCGUACUUCCUACACAGAUUCAAUCGCCUCAAAUUCAAGCUGUAUCAAUUCAAACUCAACAGCAAAAUCAGCCAAUUCAGCAGCAAUCAAUGUCACAAAUUCCUCAGCAAAUUCAGGUCCACCAAAUCCAUCGACAGCAAAUUCAGAAUCAGGCUUCUCAGCAACCAUCACAGCAGCAAAUUCAAUACACUGUUGCACCAACUGGGCAAAUGAUGGUUGGACAUCUCCAACAGCAGUUACUUUCGCCAUAUGCGACAGUACCUCCGAGAGCAUAA